CAUUUGUCACAUUUUGCAUUGUGUAAAUGAGCCUAUCAUAGCGGUUUCAGAUGUCUCUUGGCGAAAGGUUUGUGACUGCAUGAAUAUAUGGAUUACCUUGGAUGGAAAGGAGAAAGAAAUAGCUUCCAAAUUCGACAGCACAGCUCGUGACACUGCAGGUUAUCACCGGUACUGCUACCAGCGGUUUACAAACAAGAAACAUCUGGAUCAAGGUAUCAAGCGAAGAGAUAAAGGGUGUUUACGACGUGAUAGUGGAGAGACAGAUGUGCCUAGUGGUGAACCAUCCCCUAAAAAGGCAAGACUUGUUCUUAGAUCAAAAGUAACUACAGCACAAAAUGUAUCAAGGCGAUCAAAGCAUGUGCUUCCCGAGGAGUGUAUCAUCUGUAAGAAGGCUAAAGUUAUUGUUGACAAAACAUCCUUGAAGAGAAAACAAGAGGCCCUUGUUACAUGUGAGACAACUGCUGACAAACUGUUACAGGCGGCACGACUGAAAGGAGAUGACCAGAUUUUAGUACAGAUUGGGGACUUAGACCCGGUAUGUAUAGAAGUGCGGUACCAUGCAUCAUGUUGUAAACUUUACACUAAAUGUGUAUAUAAUCAGAAUGAUUCACUUGGACGGCCUCUAAACAAAGCCUUUGACAAAUUCUGCACAGAAGUAAUUGAGAAACGUAUUAUGGGAAAGGGAGAAGUACUUCGAAUGAAUUUGCUCACAAAACUCUUUGUUACAUUUGCACAGCAAGUAGAGGAUGUUGAUAUUACUGGAUAUCGGAAUGAUCAGGUCAAGUUGAGACUAAUAAGAAGGUACCCACUUCUGAAGUAUGUUCAGCCAGAUGCAACUACAUGUGAAUUUGUUUUUCAUCAAGCACAAAAUGAAGACACUUUUAUUCAGUUCAGUGAGCAUGAAUUGGAGAACCUAUAUUCUGACAGUGAAACAGAAAGUAAUAGUGACUCUCAGGUAUUGGAACAUGAGGUGCUCAGCAACCAAUCAUCUUCAGAACACUCCUGUCAGGAAGAAUUUGCACAAAUCUAUCGUGCUGCUAUCAUCAUUCGAAAAGCUGUUGCUUCUUCACCUGGUGUCUCUAUGUGGCCUCCCAGUGAAGAGAAUUUUUCAUUACAUGAGUGCCAGAGAGUAGUUCCACCAGUUCUCUUUAAUUUUCUGGCAUGGUGUUGUGGAAUCAGUGAAGUGAAGUUUAGUCCAAGGCUGGUAGAGAUGGAACGAAAUGACAACAAGAAAAAGAUACUUUCUCUAGCACAAGACAUAAUUUGUCUUGCCUCUAUGGGGAGAAAGCUUAUGCCAAAACACUUAGCUUUAGGUGUGACUUUAAGACACCUUACAGGUUCUGCAAAAUUACAGCAGCUACUUAACUCCUUUGGACACUGUGUUUCCCACUCUGUGACUCUUGAGCAUGACACAGCUUUGGCCACAAGACAAUUACAGCGUGAAACGGAUGUUCCGACUGGAUUUUGCAGCAAUGUGUUCACCACUCAAGUGUGGGAUAACAAUUUUGGUGAAGAAACUCUGUCAGGUUUCACUGAAGCAGGUAUAUCAUGAACAUGCAAGGGUACAACCCACAACACAAAUGGCAUUAUAAUACAGACUGCCAGUUCUGAUGCCCCAGGGAGCCCAGAGGAAAUUGCAAGAAUGAGUCGGGACAGGAAACGAACAAUUGAUGCACCAUCUUCGGUGAUAGUUCCUUUCCAGGGAUCAAAAAGAAAAGGACCAUCACAGUUUCAAGGCAAGAAGCCAGAUUUAUCCCGGAAACUGAAUGUUCAAGAAAAAGCAAAGAAGAUUGAUCAAGCAUUGGUUCUUGCCAAGUUCGGCCAAGAUCAAUUUCUGCUUCCUGGUUGGACAGUCUGUAACCAGCUAUUGACGAAUGAUGCACAUCCUCUGAGUACCAUUGGCUAUCUUCCCGUGAUAGAUGCAAGUCCUACUGACAAGUCAACUGUCAAUGCCAUUCUGGAGAAGAGUUUAUUAAUUGCCAAUUCAUUAAACCUUUCUGCUAUAGUCCUCGUCAUGGAUCAAGCAAUAUAUGCUAGAGCCCAGGAAAUACGUUGGAAUGGUCGUCAGGAAUUUAGGGAUCAACUGGUAAUUCGUUUAGGCGAAUUUCAUACUGCCAUGGCUUUUCUGGGUGCUAUUGGCAAACGUUUUGGAGAUGCUGGAUUGCGCGAUAUUGCCAUUGAGUCCAAUCUAGUCGCUGAGGGGUCCAUUAAUGGUGUCAUUAGUGGACAUCAUUACAACAGAAGUCUGAGAUGCCAUAAAAUACUCUCUGAAGCUAUGCAUCGCUUACGAAUACAGGAAUACCUGGAUCAUCUAUCACCAGAAAGGAACCAAGAAGUCAUUACUGUUAUCCACAGUAUCCAUGACAGUUUUCCAACCACAUUCAUGAGCUGCCUUGAAACAGAUUCUGUGAUACGCUUCCUAGAAGACUAUGACCGUUAUGUGAAGAUCAAAUGUGGAUGCAAUGACAUGUAUGCCUUCUGGACAUCUUACCUUGAGAUGGUUGAGCUGCUGCUGCUCUUUUUAAGUGGAACAAGAGAAGGAAACUGGGAGCUACAUUUGUCAACCAUCCGUGACAUGAUACUUUGGUUUAUGGCCUAUGGCAGAAUCAACUACUCAAGAUAUCUUCCCAUCUAUUAUCUUGAGAUGAGAGAUCUCCCAUCUACUCAUCCCUUUAUUCACUCACGUUUGUCUGAUGGGGAGCUUGCAGUCAAAAGGCAUGAUGAUCAUGGAUUUUCCAUGACUGCCUGUGAUCAAGUUAUUGAACAGACCUACAACCGAGAUUCAAAGGCCAGAGGUGGACUGACAGGCAUAACUCUCAACAAGGGUGCAGUGAGGCGAUGGAUUCUGAGUCACCCUGCUAGAGCAGCUAUUGCAAAUUAAUGCUACAACAUGUCAUGAACAAAUUCUGACAAGUCUUCUUCGACACCCCAGACAGUAGCAUCCAGAACUGUAUCAGAUGAACAAGCUGUCCAAAAUGUAAUGAUGACAAUUACAGAAUUUUCUAAUCCAUUCACAAAUGAAGUAGGCAAUGAAAUCGUGAACAUCUGUUCAGGAAAGGUUGCCCCAGAAAAUGUCCGAUCUGACUUGUCAUCUGCAUUUGACCGUGGAGAAGAAUACUUAAAAAAUUGUGUCAAUGAGCGACUGAUUGAGGGACGAAAGGAUGUGUUUGAUAAACUCGUUCUUCCAGCAAGCAAAACAUUUUCAGAUGUUGACAAGAAAGUAGCACCAAAGACAACCCAAGUAACUGCUUCCUUGAAAGAACACAGAGAUCUGUUGGUCCGCUUGUUAAUGAUUGCCAAAGAGAAAGACGUGGAUUUGAAAGAUAUCCUCAGAUAUCCACUGUCAUCCCU